CACAAUUAUGUUGUUGUGGUGAGGACGCCAUUUUUUCUUGUAACCUGUAGGAAACGACUGACAAUGCCAUCAUGUUCACCGUUGUUUUGUUUAAUUAGCCAACAUUUGCUGCAAUGUGAAUUAAGAAGUAUUUAAAUAAGGCUUGUCUUUGCCGCAUACUUGUUUUUGUAGUCUUGAUUUUUGUUAUUGUUAGUUUAAUGGCGAGUAAAGUCCAAGUUGCCACCUUCCCUCAGCAGCAUGACUUCAACGUUGAUGGUCAUAUUGUAGACCCGAUUUAUUCUCGGUGGAAUAUGGAAGAGGACGACGUAGCAGGUCAGUUGAAAGAUGACAGUUUCAAGAAACGUGUAGAAGUGCUUGAACAGCUAAUUAUUACUGUUAAGCGAAAUGGUGGACGUUUGCCGUAUGCAGAUGGAGAAUCCAUUUUCAGGAGUUUGGGGCUGGCUCUGUCAGAUUCAAAUUGGGAAAUUAGAAACAAAUGUAUUCAGUUAUUACAAGAAAUCAUUCCCAAUCUUGGCGACGAGAUUGACCGAUAUAUGUCACUGGUUUUAAAUAAACUGGUUACUAAUAUUGGGGAUAGUAAAGUUACAGUCAGAAGGAUGGUUGUACAAGCCCUCCAUGCAUACAUGAAAUAUACUCAUAACCUUCCAUCUAUUUUUGAAGCACUUGUAAACUUUGGACUAGAGAAUGAAAACCCUGCAGUUAGAAGAGAAAUGGUUACAUCAUUACCUAUGUUAUUAACCCAAGAAUUCCUUACACAAGACUUGUCUAAAAUUAUCACAUCCCUCGCCAAAAAACUGCUAGAUACUUCACCUGAGGGAAAUUUAAAAGAGAGCUCAUUGUUAACUUUAAAUCAGAUUGAGCAGUUAGUUGAUGAAAAAGUUUUUGCAGAAUAUUUGAAAAAGCUCUCAAUGCCACUACAAAAUUACUACUUACAAUUGUCAGGAAAACAUAGCAGUUAUAAUGACAUUGAUGGUGACUACCAUCAUAAUUUGAUGUAUCAAGGGAUAGGUAAUAUGAGAAAUGACAGUCGAAGAGGUUAUGUGGAAGAAUCAGUUGAAUUUGGUGUGGUACCUAGUCAUGUACUUAGCAGAAUAAAUGACCAAAAAGAUUUUAGGACCAGGGCUCAAGCUGUCGAAGAACUUAACAACAUUAUCAAAAACAAAACAAACCAUGAAAUCUCAACAAGCCUUAUGCCACAUAUGAAUCCUUUUCUUAGUUUUCUUAGUAAUCUUUUGGAUGACUCAAAUUUCAAAAUCACCCAUGUGACACUAGAAAUAAUUCAAAACUUGGUGGAGAAAAUGGAUAAAAGUAUAAACAAUUUUCUUAAGCCUCUUAAAUCUGCUUUGCUCAAAAGAAUGGGGGAUAACAAAACUGUAAUAAGGCAACUUGUGAUGACUAUUGUAAUAAAAAUGAUGAGAACUGCAUCUCCACAAGCUGUCAUCAAUGUGAUAGAAGAUAAUCUACAACACAAAAACUCACGUGUAAGACAGGAAACUAUCAACUUUAUUAUAGCUGCUCUUUUGACUUUUCCUAGUUAUGAAUUUGACUUGUCAGCUAUUUGCUAUAUAGUUGGACCAACAUUGACUGAUGUUAAAAGGGCAGUGAGACAAGCUGCUUUAGAAUGUUUUGCUACACUUGCUCAGGGAAUGGGAUCUGGCCAGCUUCAGCCUCUUGUAUCAGCAGUAGAUCAAGUUGAGUUAAGUUCGGAUGGGGAAGGGUUAAUGGCUGCUGUACAAGCUCGGCUAGCCAGGAAGCAACUCCCUAAGUUAACCCAAGAUGGACUGGUUGAGUAUGCUACUCAGACUCCAUCUUCAGCUACAGUGCGAUCUUCUUCAGCACAGCAGAGUGCAGAUACAGAGUGGAUCAUGGCAGUUGGAGCUGGCAGUGUUUCAAAUACAGCCCGGACUGCUAGGUCAGACUCAAUGGAAGUUGAAUCAGUAAAUGUAUCUGCUAGAUCAACACCAAUGGCUUCUGAGACAUCUGCUCCCACUUCUGCUCCAAGAAGAUUUAUGAGUGCUGGAAGGGGUAGAAACAAACUGCCAUGGGAGGAAGACAGAGAUGAGAGGAUUGCACCAUAUAACAACCUCCCUAAUGCUGCAUUCAACCAGGUAUCAAGAGUAGUAAAAUCAGCACGAGCUGUGAGCUUUACUGUGGAAGAUGUCCCACCAAAGCCCAGACAAACAUGGAUUGGAGAUGGUGACAUGCAGCAGAAGCAGAAUAUUCAAGAACGCCAUUCACCUAAACGACGAACAACUGUCAUGGUGCUUAAUCCAUCAGAUGACACAGAUAAUGGCUCUUACUCUCAGCUGUAUCAACAAAAACUGAGGCGCCAGCAGAAUUUUUCUGUGAGAACAUCCAGAUCUGAUGAUAUCCGAGAAAAUGGCUACAACCGACAGGAUCAGCGAAGUGCCAGAUCUCAGUUGGAUCCGAUCUCAGUUGAUGUUGAUGACCCUAAUGACAGCAGCAGCUAUUAUGGUUUCAAACCAGAUGAGGAUGAUACCCCCAUCCCCAGAAAGGCCACCAUUGCUAGAGGGUCAGCAGGCAGAAGGAAGGUGCCACCUAUAUCCAUGUCCUCAGAUUUUGAUGAUAGUGACAGCGCCUAUGUUGCAUCUGAUGACAGCAAAUCUUCAAUGAAUGGCUCUCUGAAGACAAUAAGGAGCAGUGCAACAAAGAAAAGGGCAGACAAGUUGUUUGAAAAGUUAGAAAAACAAAACAGUGAAAGAAGCCUGAAAAUCAACAGCCACCAGUUGGAAGAGCAUGAAAACAAAAAGAGCAGUAAAAAACCAGAAACCAAGCCUGCCCAUACAUCUAACAACAACAACAGAGGGCGCCGCAACACAGAGGAGACAGAUGACAACAAAGGCAGUGUUGGCCAUCUGGACUACAACCCAACUAGUGGCGUGACCUUCAGAGAAAACAAAACAGCUGAUGUCCAGGUAGUGGGCAAGGGCUACGCAGAUGAGACAUCAGAGGCUAAAGUAGUUCCACCAGCUGCAAGCACCAGUAGAAUCAAAGAGAAGAGGAAGUUGAUGAUCAACAGAGGCGCUCUGUUGACCUCCUCACCUUUUGGACUGACCAGUAUGCACCUGCCAGGUAGCAUUGAACCAGAAUCAGAUGAGAAAUAUGUGCAGGGACCUGGAAUCUCUCUUGUGGGCAGGGGCAUGUUUGACACCUCUGUCAGUGCUGACCACACGCCUGCUGCUGCCCCAGAUGUACGUAUGGAGCGCAGGAAGACAGAAGUUAAAGCUGCCCCAAGUGGCGUGGUUGGUGUUGCUGUGAGGAGCACUGUGGAUAUUUCUAACUACAGCUCAGAGACAUCCAGCCUGGAUGAUGAUAUGGAUGACGAAAACAGCCUGAGCCUGACUCAGUCUUUGAAAGAGAAAUUGGCCAUCAAACAACAGCAGAGGUUGGAGGAGGAUGAAAGAAGACGAGUUGAAAAGGAAAGUAAAGAAAGAGAGAAGGAAGAACGCAGGGAGAGGGAAAAAGAGGAAAAGUUAAAGAAAGAGAGGGAGAGACAACAAGAGAAACUCAAGCGCUUGUCCAGUGCUGAGAGUAUACACAGUUUUGAAUUUUUGUCAGUGUCUGGGUCAGCCUCUGGGUCUGGUUCCAGCAUCAACUCCUCCCCCUCCGUCACCCCCAGCAACACAUCAGCCACCAGCCCCAGUAUUACAACUAAGCCAGCCAGUAUUCCACCCCCCAAACCUCAGGCGCCAGCUGUCACCCCCAGGAAGGUCAUCAAAACGAGCAACGAACUAGUCUCCACUUUCCCCAUGCCUGUGACGUCAUCACUGGCACCUUUUGAGGGAGAUAACCCAGCAGACUGGAAGCCAUUCAAGGACAGCGAGGCAGCCUACAGGGAGCUGAUGAAAAAACUGGAACAAGAUGAUUGGGAGACCAAGUGUGAGGGGAUCAACAUGUUGAGGAGACUGUGUGUCCACCACCCUGACACUGUGCUGGCCUCACUACAUCCUCUUGUCAUUGCCAUCUGUAAAGAGAUCACAAACCUGAGGUCCCAAGUAUCCAGACUUGCUAUCACAACUGUUGGUGAAAUGUUUCUCUAUCUGAAGAAAGGGAUGGACACGGAGGUAGAGCUGACGACCAAGACGUUGCUGAUUAAAGGUGGGGAGAGCAACCAGUUCAUCCGGGAAGAUGUGGACAAGGCACUCUGUUGCCUGGUGGAUAACACCACACCCCAGAGGGCGCUGCAAGGCAUUGUGUUGGGCGGAGCCUCUCAUAAAAAUCCACAAGUUCGUAAAACUUCAGCCCAGUUUUUAGUAGAAUUAGUUGAAAAAAUGGGAUCUGGUCGCAUUCUUAGUGGGGUGAAGGAUAUCACUGACAAGGUCUUGCCUACAGCUGCACACUUUUCAUUGGAUGGCUCACCUGAGACAAGAUACUAUGGUAGAAAAAUCCUUCAUAUGUUAAUGGCCCACCAAGACUUUGAACGCAUGUUGCCCAAAUAUUUACCAGCCAACACACUGAGGAAUGUCCAGGAGGUUGUGGAGAACUUAAAGCAGAGGGGGCUGGGUGAACGCCCCAGUGAACUUUCUUCUGCAAGGUCAAGGAAGUCUGGACAUGGGAGCAGCAGAUCCAAUUCAACAGUCAGAGGAGGGUCUGCUAGUAGCUCUGCUGAUAGUGGGGUCAUUGGCCUUCAGACCCAGAGAAAAGCAUUAGUGAGAACAGAUGAGGCGCGCAUGGAGGAAGUGAAAGCUAUGCUUGGGCAGCUGUCAGCAAACAACUGGCAAGAACGCUAUGAUGGUGUCACAGAGUUCCAGAAGAUGUGUGAGACUUAUUCUGCUGUUGUUUCUAGUCAAAUCAUCAAGAUUUUUGAUAAAUUCCUGCCGAGGCUGACUGACUCCAACUCCAAGGUGAACCUGUAUGCCCUGAAGGUGCUGCUGGAGGUGAUCCCCCUGAUCAGGGAGUCCAUGUCCAGCGUGAUCAGCAUGACUGUGGCUGCUGUAGCCCCCAACCUCAGCUCCAAGAACAAGGACAUCAACACAACAGCUGUAGAGAUCCUGGACUCUCUCAUUGAGAACAUAGAUCUGCCACUGUUGAUUCAACCUUUUGCCAAUCAAGCCCUCAAUGCCACAGCCAGAAGUAAAGCAGAUAUGGUGGACAAAGUUUCAUACUUGGUUGGAAAAGUUUAUCCCCGCAAACAGAAACCUGUGGUCUUGCAUGUGCUUCCUCUGGUCUGGCAUCUUCUGGGAUCUAUGAACGCCAGCGGGGCAACUGUCCAUGGGGGGAGCAACGACCUACGUCGAGCAACAGGUACUCUAAUCAGCACCCUGUAUGACUGCAUGGGCCAGGGGCUGAUAGAGAAGGCUAGCGCUGAGCCAAGCAAUACACAGCGACAGAUACAGACAUUACAGAGUUUGAUAGACAACAGCUGAAUGGGACUACAAGGAAGUUGACAGGGGAUGGUGAAAGUUUUCUGCAAUAAACAGCUUCAUCUGAUGAACAUUCCUUUUGUAUUGUAGUCCAAACUCAGUGUCAUACAAGAUUUCAUUGUGAUAGUCCAUUUGUGGUAGGUCUACUGUGUAAGGUAAUGUAAGCUUUUCAUUCCUCCACUCAGUUACAAUUCAUCAGAUUUUGUAAAGCAUUUUUUCCUAUUAAAUCCUGUCUUAAAUCCAUCCAUUCACAAGCUUGACAGUGUCAAUACUCAUGGUUGAUUUGAAUCAUUUGCUCACAUCUGUGUCCUGUAUGUAGAAAUUGACAUGUAUUUAUCCUAUACAAACUUGCUUAGUCCCACUACGGUCUACAUGUGUCAGUGUCAGCUGUCAUAUCUGAGAUGUCCAUUUUUUACACUUGGCCCAGCAGCUUGGGAAGUUAAGCUGGUGUUGAUAGGUCAGCAUGACUUGACUAACUGUACAGUAUUAUAAACUUUUGAGGUAUUAUAAUCAAUCUAGGUCAACAUGACCUCACUAACAACUGUACAGUAUUAUACAUUUUCCUUUCCAUAGAAAUAUUUUUACCUUACCAAGUGGUAAAAUUGUUUUCUCUGAAAUCAACUGCUCAUAACUAACAUAACAAAUUAUCGUUGACUAAUGUCUGCUUAACUAUCUUAUUUACCUUAAGAAUGGUGGUACAUGAUUGUUGACUAGCACUGAACACCAUUUAACAUUUCACUACAGUUCUACUAAUAAAUUAGUUAAACACCUAGUGUGACGAGCCAGUAUUGUUGUAUCUUGCAUUUCCUCAAGUAAAACAAGCCAAGAUCAACAAGGUUGAUCAUGCCCCAGUGUGUUGGGUACUAUGUCCAGUUGUGUGGGCACUAGUGCCCAUGGUGUGGGUACUAGCUGAAUCCAGUUGUGUGGGCACUAGGGCCCAUUGUGUGAGUUUAAGGACCCAUUGUGUUGGGUACUCACUAGAUCCAGGCGUGUGGUUUCUAGGACCCAUCAUUGUUAGCUUGUCUGUGAUAAAACCAGUCAUGAACUACUGUGAUUCCUAAACUAUUGUUUUAGUUGCUAAUAUGUUUACUAUUGUAAUACAUAUGUCUAUUUUACAUGAAUAUUCUCUAUUUACCUUAGAAUUUUUUAACAAUGUACAAAUCCAUAGUCCUCUUUAGAAUUUUUAACUUAAAAGACAAUAUUUUUACCUUUAAACAUAUCAAGUAACUUGAACAAUAACAUUUUUAUGUUUUGCACUUGUAUAGUAACUGUAAAUACAAAAUUAUGACCUUUAAAAAUGUAGUAUUUUGGCUUGUGUGUAGUUUGCAUUGCCCACACUUGGAUGUGAUAUGUGGUACACAUCUAUAAUGUUAAAUCCAACUUUGUGUUGUUCCAGUCCAGUGAUUUACUUUGUGGAACAUUGUUUGCUAUUUAUCAGAUGCCUGCCUUAAUUGGUUGCAUUAAUCAAUGUAUUUACCUAUUACAAGUUGUUGAGGGAAAAUUUAUUUUUUGCAAAAAAAAAAUUAACUAAUUUUCCCUCUAUGGUGCCAGAUUUCCCCCUGUGGUGCCAGAUUUCCCCCUGUGGUGCCAGAUUUCCCUCCUGUGGUGCCAGAUUUCCCCCCUGUGGUGCCAGAUUUCCCCCUGUGGUGCCAGAUUUCCCUCCUGUGGUGCCAGAUUUCCCCCCUGUGGUGCCAGAUUUUCCCCCUAUAGUUGGCUAAAGGUGAGCCCAGCUGGUCCUGAGCUCUAGUCCCUGAACACUUCAACAGACUGGAUUCACUAAGAUGGUGGUGAACAAUUAUUCUAACCUAUAAGAAAAAAAAAUAAUUCACUGCCUGUUGUUGUUAAAGCCAUCUUCCCUACUACUAAUAUAAAUGCAUAUAUAUAAAUCAUUAAACAGCCAAUAUUCUGAUUGUGUAAAUUAAAAUCUUAUUGUAAUGAAACACGGAAUUUAAAAAUAUUAAUUUAUUUUUACUUCAUGAUUCAGAUUUAUAAUUUAAAAAAAAAUUAUUGAAUCCUAUUUAUAAAAAAUGCGUUCCUGUUUUAAAGGUAAUAUCAACAAAUACUGUGAUUAAAAAUAAAUUAGACAACAGAUGUAUAUAUUAUAGGCAAGUGCUGGUGUUAAUGUUUGAUACAAAGUUUAUUAAGAUCUUGUAUUUACUUUUUAUUUCAUAUACAUAUUUGGGCUUAAAAGAAACUUUCUACUUUUACAGCUCAAUCUAUAGGCCUAAUAACUUAAUUAUUGCACAUCAUUUAAAAAAUAAACAUGUAGCUUGAAUACAGUGUGUAAAUAUUCCGUCCACCAUGACCUAACUUGUACAUAUAAAUAACUUAUUAAACUAUUUGUGUAUAUAGUCAAUGAUUCAGAUCUGUGAACUGCUUUCAUGAUCCUGACAAGUUUAUCACAGUGUGGCUCGAGAUUUGAAGUUACCUUGUUUUAAAGAUACCACUGCAGUAAUUAAUGGGUGUUGCAUUAGAACUGAAGUAUCCACAUCAUUUUUUUUUAGUAAAAUGUAACAGUUACAUUUAUUUUCUAUUUAUAAAUGUCAGCAUUUGUCCGUCCAUUGGAAUUUGUGAUUGCUCUCACAUGGGUGUAGGUUGGCAAUCAUCACACAAACAUUUAUUUCAAUAGUCAUUCAUUGGUUUCAUAUAUGUGAGGGCCAGGGUAAGAUGGUUGUAUUUUCAUUUUACUUAUUUUACAAAACAUUUUGGAAGUUUUUAAAAAUAUUUACUCAUGAUAUAACUGCUUAUAUUUUCAGUUGUAAGCUAGCUUAGUUUUGCCACAUUUUUAUUUAAAAUACAUUCUUGAAAAAUAUAUACAUUUUUAUAAUUGCAAUUUAAUUGCAAAUUAAUACUUGAAAGAGUACUUUGAUACAUUUUUACAGUACUUUGUUACCCAACUGACCUGAGGACUACUGAACUAACCUAGAGCUGUUCUUUGGUUAAUUGCUGUCUGCUCAUAUUGUUUUAGUUCAGAAUUGUUUUUGUAGUUUUUAUCUAAAAUUAACAAUAGACAGUGCACACAAACUUGGGUUUUAGUGCUUAUUAAAUCCUUUCUGCUUGGUAUAAAAAAUGAAAUGAUAAAGAAUGUUUAUUUUUUGGCUCCAUUUUAGAUUUCAACUGCAUAUGAUUAAAAAACUGUUUGUAAUUUUCUUGAAACAAUAAAACUACAAGUAUACUUUGUUGUUCUUACUUUUCAGCCAAAAAAAUUAAGUAGUUUAAUUUAGUUGCACAUACCUUGAAAAACUUAAUAAAUAAUAAACUGAAAAUAUGACGAGAAA